UCAACGCAUGGCGUGAUUCUUCGGUGGAAGGCAGGGUGCAGUGGUAAUUUUCGUGUUGUAUUCAGAAGACAGAAAUCACCUCGGAUAUGGAUAUCAAAAUAUUGGAUUCGAGGAGCAGUAAGGAACUUCUUACACUUACAGAACUUGGUAAGGCCACAACCAUUGCUGAUGUCAAAACCCAAGUCCACCUCAAAAAGAGAAAUCUUUAUCCUGAGAGGCAGUCCCUCCGCACGACUGCAAAGGGGAAAUCCCUCAAGGAUGACUGUACCUUGGAGUCGUUGGACCUCGGAAGCAGCGGUAAGCUCUACUUCAAGGACCUGGGACCGCAAGUGAGCUGGACCACUGUGUUUAUGACUGAAUACACCGGUCCAUUGGUUGCCUACCUGCUUUUCUACAGCCGCCCAGCGAUCAUUUAUGGGGCCGAAGCUGCAAGCGCGCCAAGGCACCCCGUGGUGCAAAUUGCUGCGGCCUGCUGGACCUUCCACUUUGCCAAGAGACUACUCGAGACCAUCUUCGUCCAUCGCUUCUCCCAUGCCACCAUGCCGAUCUUCAACAUCUUCAAGAAUAGCUCCUACUACUGGGGAUUUGCGGCUUUUGUCUCGUACUUUAUCAACCAUCCGUUGUAUACUCCACCAGCCGGAGGGGACCUUCAGAUCUACAGUGGGCUUGCUGCCUUCCUGGUCUGUGAGCUGGGUAACCUCAGCAUCCACGUGGCCCUGCGCAACCUGCGUCCACCUGGCACCAAGGAGCGCCGCAUCCCUAAGCCUACCUCCAACCCCAUGACGUUCCUCUUCAGCAUGGUCAGCUGCCCCAACUACACCUACGAGACAGGGGCCUGGAUCGCCUUCAGCGUCAUGACCCAGUGCCUUCCAGCUGUUCUCUUCGCCGUGGCCGGCUUUGGCCAAAUGGCCAUCUGGGCCCUUGGCAAACACCGUAACUACAAGAAGGAGUUUUCCAACUACCCGCGACAGCGCAAGUCGAUCCUUCCAUUUCUCCUCUAACUCUCCCCCCGACGUGUAUUCCAGGGAGGGGAAAAUCAAAACGUCUCCGAACUCGGCAUCGGUUUGGAGUAAUUUGGUGUUUUUUGGUGUGUGUCUGUGUAAUGCAAAUUUUACAAUCGUAACUUGCUAGUAUGUACUCGUUUGUAAUGUGACCAUUUUUGAAAAAAAAAAUCGUUGGUACGUUACGUUUGUGAUUUGCAAGGUGCCUGUUUCACAUGUGAAUGCUGUGAUGUUUACACACAUGAAUUUAUGAUUUGGUGUGAGGCCAUUUUAACUGAAAGUACAUGAUAAUUGAAAUUUAUUGUAUCAAAACUGUUUUUUGAUUGUUUAGUGGAAUUGUUGGGGAAAUAUCAGUGAAAAACCGAACCAUCAUCACAAAUUGAUUCUAACAGUGUCCUACUGCAGCCUAGCUGGCUUGUCUCGAACCAAGCAUAAUUAGAAAUUUGUCCCAACUAAACGUUUGAAAUUACUUGCUAUUUUGAUUGAAUCACACAAAGGUCACAUUGUCUUUUCAAGGGACUACAAUUUUCACGAUGUUUGGCUUCCAUGUAGUGGAUGUGUGCAAGAAACCAUUUGUGAAGUUCACCUGUUUUUGCACAUCUUCAUCCGCAUUCUUUUUUUCUCCAUACUUUGUGCUUGUGACAUGCAUCUCAUAUAUAGUGUUGUAUUUGAGUCUGUCACGAGUCCCUGCAAGUCCCUGUAAGUCCGUCAAUGACAUUUAGUCACAAGCCAUUCAAAUGAGCUAUGAUGAAAGCAUUCUUUUGUCAUCACUCACCCUGUUACUCAUGACUUGCCUUGUGAAGGGACUCGUGACUCAACUUGUGAAAGGACUUGUAGUGGACUCAAAUACAACACUGCUCAUUAAACAGUGCAAACGUUUGUGAUAAGUGCAUGCGGUAAUUUUUGGUGGGACUAGGUGACAGCUACAUCUUGGCCUGCUGUUCGUCUAAAAUUGGGGUUACAGCGUUAACUUGGUUAACCGUACAGGGAUCUUGUAUUGUGGUACUCGUUAAGAGACAACGGUUUCAAUGUUUGGACAGUCACAGACAGUGCACAGUUUUGUCCAUUUCCCCCUGCCAAAUUACAUAGACAUAUCUGCGCCAGUUGAUAAAAAAGACAGUUCCAGACUGUGUGGUUUUGCAUAGGAGGUUUGAAUUGAAGUGUCAUGUGAGUAAAAAAAACACAGGGUAGAACUCUGAUUCAGCACUCAGCAAUCAAAAUAUUUAAAGAACAAAAAAAUGACAUUUUGGCUGAUGGCCUUUUUUUGUCCACACCCAAAACUUCAGGGAGUAUUUUUUUUUUUGGGGGGGGGAACAUGCACGCUCGGCAGUGCCUCUGAAUUGGCCCUUAGCCAGUGAAAUAAAGCCCCUCCACCCUCCCGAGAUCCCUCUAGGGGUUGCCAGAAAGCACCUGGGCCAACAACUGUCAAAGCCCUGGGCUUUGCUGGACACGUGUUCAGGUUGAUGAGCCAAGAAGGUGGCUGAAAAUGAUGACACAUACUUACUUUUUCUCCUUGUCGACCAUGCUGUAGGCCAAUAAAACACAAGAUCUCUGUACCCCUUUAAUCCCAAAGAAAUGGCAGAAACAUCACGCCGGUUACUGUUCAGGAGAAAAAUAUCAAGAAAGUGCUUUCAUUACGUAGCUCAAGUGUUUCAUUCUGCGUCACAAUUCUAGUUUUUUUUAGGUUGGCAAAUUGUAGAUGGCUUUCAGGACACUUGACAACAGCGAAAUUCACAAAGUGUUUACAAAAUAUCGUGCAGCUAUGAAAAUACCAAGUUGUAAGAUGCCACACUGUAAUACUUCAUGACAGUACCUCCCUCUUUAAACGCAGAUGGUGCAGAUGGGUAUUUUGAGGCAAACCCUGUCACUACCCAAGGGUGAAGCUUCCACAAAUUUCAGUCACUCGCACAAAACGCAUGGGAAUAAGAAAACCGUCUGUAGGCAGGCAAGCCAGGACUUGCAGAGGACUCUGGCGAUAUGUGGCACGUUAACGUUUGUUGCAACUUGCACCGUCAUCACAUUGUAUCUGUCACGUGAAGAAUCUCCACUGCAGUAGCUACAUUGUGUGUUUGCCCAGAACCCACCCCUGUAAAUAGGGCCUCACGAUCCUGGAAAGUGGGGUAACUGAAGGGGGAUGGGGUACAUUCUACCCCCACUCAGGGCCUGUGCCCCCAUGUACCACCCACCACCUCCUCAGAAAUUAGAGAAGGGAAAAGUCUGGUGAUCGUCCACCUUGAUCAGCAUUUUAACUGUGAUUUAACCCAUUGAGUGUCCCCUCCAGAAAAUGAGGGGCCCCAAGUGCCCGCACCCCCUGCAAAUAUACUCCAGUUAUUCCACUUAUCCUGGAAUACCGUGGUAUCCUGGCCCCCAGUACAACUGGGGGAAAACUUGAAGAAAAUUUGUGGCUUUUUUCCCCAAAAUGUUGCAAAGAAAUAUGGAUGAUUUCAGUUUCCAGAGCCUACCCUCUAAGUUAACCUCCAGCUGUCUGACGGAGCAUUUCUAGAUGUGUCCUUCCUUUGUAUUUUCCUUAUGAAAUUACUCACUCUGACUGCAAGUAUUUGGUCUAGUUAAAUCCAAUUCAUAUGGCACACCAUUGGAUAUUGUUAAAAUUCCAAGGCUAUAUUGUGCACAUAAUGUACACCAUUUAGUGAAAGAGCUGCAUUUCAUAGAUACCAAAUGAUCCAUAGAAAUCUACAUGUAUUUCAAAGAGUUAUGGCAUUAACUAAUCUCGGUAAAGUGUGUUCGAAAACAGAUUUACAUGUAUUUAUAUUUUAUCAAGCAGGUCUAAUUUAUGAUAAAGUCUACUUCAAGUAAUUGAUCCAUAUCUUGCGAAUUAUCAUCAGAAAAGCCCCCAUCUUCCCAAAAGUUUAUAGUGGAGCUAUAAAAAAGGAGGUCCGUGUUAUGGAUGUGGGUCACCUCGCCCCUAAUCACUUCGCUCCGUCGCCACUUCUCCCCAUUUUCACUUCGCUCCACCAAUUAUCGUUCAUUCUGUUCUUUAGUAGUCAGAGAGGCAUCUGCCCAGAUGGAACAAAUGGAAACAUCGACGUUCAGCAUCCUUACUCUAUGGUUUGAGGAGCAACCAAAUAACGGUGGGAGAAUCCAACUUUCAAUUGCCAAAACAUGCUUUCGAUUUCCCAACAACCCUAAUAUUUGGCGAGACCUUGCAUGUUUUUCCAGUUACAUUUGCAACAUUUGAAAAGCCUGACCUCUGCUAAUUUCAUGAGUCCUUUUCGUGUUGCGCUGUGCGCUCGCUGUGGUAAAAAACACGUGCGCAAAGCGCUGGUUCCCGCCGCGCUGCACCCAUGCAAGAGGAUGCGUGAUGGAGUGUGGCAGCCAGUCUAUUCAUGCCGCGGCGACCUACAUGUACGUGACCUCACGCAUCGAAAAAAAUCGAUUUAGCAAGAUUUCUGAGAGUGAAUUCACAGAAUUCAGUAUCUUUUCUAUGUGACUGUGUGUGUUAGGUUGUUUUGCUUGAAGCGAGCAUGUCUCCACCAUCGGCAUUAAGUGAAUGCCGUAGAGUUUUUCUGUAUACAUGUGUAACUCUAUCAUGAUGUCGUUUCAAUUGGAACUGUCCUCUCUCUACCAUUUUUUGAAGGGGCUUAUAACACACUCGAGUUCGGACGGGGCAAAAUGGAAAUUGGGGAUGUGGAGAUGGGGCGAAGUCACUGUAAACCCGUGUUAUAAUUAAUGACUUCCCACCUACGUUAAGUUUAUAGUUCCUAAAUGAAAAAUAGAAGAGGAAAUCCGGUAUUUUAGACACGAUUUUUAAUUUCAGCAACAGCUGCUAACUGAAUCCGGAAGUAGUUAAAACGUGCGGAAUAGAAAGAGUUAACUGGAAAACUUGGCUUGGGGCCUUUUUCAUGUGCGUUUGACUCAUGCUGGAAUUGUUUGACCAAAACGUUUGCUUUUUUCCAAUGGAUUUUUACGGUGGAUUGCAAUAAAUUUCAUUAGCUUAA